AUGCUCAGAUCAGCAACACGCAGGUACUCUUUAAAGAGCCUCCCCUUCGAGUCACAGCCCAAAAAUAAGUUCAAUGCGCAAAGAUCAGCGUUCAACUUGAAACCGGUCAAAAAAGACGGCCUCAUAUAUAACCCUCCAGCAUCUGCCCCAUCAUACAAAGAAACACCCCAGUUGUUCUUGCCCAAAAACGACCCUCGUCUCAAGUACCUUGAGGGAAAAUGGAAAGUCUACUCUGAGGAGGAGCUUGCGGAUAUGCCGCUCAUAUACGGUGUCCAGAAACUGAAGGACUACCUGUUGACCCCAGAAGUGGUGGGAGAAAUACUCAAAUUGAGACAGCAGGACGCCAACCAGUGGACUAUUUCCAAACUUGCACAGAAAUUCAACCUCGAUAAGACCAAGGUCAAUGUGAUCACCGGUAUCAGCAAAGAUAGACAGAAGAAGGUGCUCAGUGAGUUGGAAACCGUCAAGGAAGCCUGGUCCUCUAAAAGAAAGCUUGCUAGACAAGACAGAGAGAAGAGAGUCCAGCAGUGGUUGCGUGGCGAGUUCUGA